AUGCGUUGGCUAAAACACGUAAAGUAUCAGUACGGGCCUGUGCAGGCGGAUGAAAUUGAUAAGGCGACUACAUACAUAAUAAAAGUUAUUCAAAAGUAUUACUUUGGGGAAGAAAUACAAAGUAUUCAAAAGCUAUGUACAAUAAAACCAAAAAGUAAUUUAAUGCGUUUAAAUCUAUUCUUAGAUGAGAAGAGCGUGCUCAGGAUAGGCGGUCGUUUAAGAAAAACGGUUAAUUUGAGUCCGUUACAGCGUCAUCCAGUUAUAUUGCCGGCUAAGUGUGAAUUUACUAAAUUAGUAUUUGUUAACGAGCAUUUAAAACUUAUCCACGGUGGACCGCAAUCUAUGUUGGCGUCGAUCCGUUUAAAAUACUGGCCACUAAAUGGACGUGACAUUGCGCGACAGGUAGCGCGGUCUUGUGUGCCAUGUUUUAAAUGUACGCUCAUUGUAGUCCAGCCGAUCAUGGUUGAUCUGCCCGCUGAGCGGUUAGAACCGUCCCGGGCGUUCCUUAAAACAGGUAUUGAUUUCGCGGGACCAUUUUUCGUAAAGUCUAGUCAGCGAAGAAAAGACCCCGUUAAUAAGGCGUACUCGUGCAUAUUUGUGUGCUUUGCCGUUCACAUAGAGUUAGCAAGUGGACUAACUAUGCCUGCGUUUAUCAAUGCACUGCAACGAUUCUGUGAUCGUCGCGGUCUUUGUUCAGAUAUUUUUUGCGACAAUGCUACGAAUUUUAUUGGUGGAAGACGUCAGCUUGACGAGCUACACUCCUUAUUUAUGUCCAAUGAGCACCAAGAGCAAGUUAUAAAUCAUCUAUCUAAUGUCAGUAUACAGUGGCAUUUCAUACCCCCUCGUUCGCCCCAUUUUGGUGGGUUAUGUGAGGCUGCGGUCAGAUCGCUAUAG